UUCUUUCUUUAGUGGUAGUAGCUACAGGGCUUUGCUUUGCAUAAACGAAACCUCGCCAUUCCCAUUCCAUGGUUGCUUGCAAGAAAUUCUUAUGAUUGUAAGAAACUCUAGCGGAAUUUUGCAUUCUAAUUGUGCCGUUCGAUUCCAUUCUUCGAUUCUUCGCUAGAAACCUUUGAGCAAUGGAUUUGUUUUGUUUUCCAGACUUGGCCUCCAUUCUUCCUGCUAAAAUUCUUUGCAUUGCUUGUAAGGCAUUUCUUCCUUCAUUGAUUGUUUGCGUCCUUACUUUCGUAGAGAUGGUUCUUCAGUUGUUCCAGAAGAGUUCUCUUCGUAUUAAGCAGCAAGCCUGGUGACAUUCUUCUCGAGUUAAAUUCCUGCGGCUCUAAUCCAUCUCGCUAUGACUCGAGCUUCGAGAAAAACCAAACAACUCGUUGUUGGUGUUGUUCUUUCUGCUGUUGCGUGGCUGCUUUUGCAUGUCUUCGUGCUUUUGCGCUCUCACACAGCUCCUAGAAUCUAUGGCGCCGCCAUGGCUAUGUGUGCCUUCCAAUGCCUGUUUUCUCCAGAGCCAGCUUCUCUGACUCUUCCUUUCACUUUAGAUAUCACUAGCAGUUGUGACGAUCGUGAGGCUUCACCGGUUGUUUUUAUUGUAGAUCAAAAAGGAUUUGGAGAUUUCCGCACAGUCCAGGAUGCGAUCGACGCUGUUCCCGACUACAACCAAGUUCCAGUUCAUAUCUAUAUUAACAAUGGAACAUUCACGGAAAAGGUGUUGAUCCCACAUAGCAAGCCGUAUAUUACUUUGCAGGGACAAGGAAUGGACCUCACAGCCAUAGCCUGGAACGACACCGCAAAUUCUAGCGGCAGAACAUACAGCAGUGCAAGUGUGAGCGUGGAAGCAGCAGAUUUUGUUGCCAAGAACUUGAGUUUUCUGAACACUUCUCCAGGACCAGGAGUUGGAGUUCAAGGAGCUCAAGCCGUUGCUCUGAGAGUUUCAUCCGACCGAGCAGCGUUCUAUGGCUGCGGCUUUUAUGGCUUCCAAGACACUCUAUUCGACGACCAAGGCCGACACUACUUCAAGGAAUGCUUCAUCGAGGGAUCCAUCGAUUUCAUCUGUGGGAGUGGACGAUCUCUCUACGAGAACUGUGAACUCCACUCAGUUGCAAAGCCAUCGAAGAAAGUCUCGGGGUCGAUCACUGCUCAGCGACGACUAAAGUGGUCGGAAGCCUCGGCUUUUUCGUUCGUCAACUGUAGUAUCACGGGGACUGGAAACGUUCUCUUGGGACGAGCGUGGGGUCCGUUCUCCAGAGUAAUCUUUGCGUACACUUCCAUGGACAGCAUCGUCCAUCCGGUUGGAUGGGACGACUGGGGAGACUCGGGCAGAACUUUGACGGUUGUUUAUGGCGAAUACGAGUGCUCUGGCUUGGGAUCCAACAGGAGAAAACGAGCGAACUGGUCUCACUCUCUUUCGGAUUGGCAAGCUUAUCCUUACUUGAGCCCGCUUUUCAUCGAUGGAGAUGAAUGGAUACCAGAGCUCAUGGCAUCGAGCGAGGAGAAAAUUUCAGCAGCAACAACACAAGAGUUGGGGGUGCUGAAUUACGAGCACGAUGACAAUGACGAGCUCUAGUCACCGGAAAUAUUUACAAUCAAUCGACCAAGGAGCUAGCUCUGGAAAACAAUCUUGCCAUACAACUCGGUUUCGGUCUCCAGCGAAGUUUUUACGACGUAGUCCUGCUCGCCUUUGUAGAGCUUCCACAGCACCGAUCCAAAUUCGUGCGUCCCAGGCUUCGCAAGAGCCCAGAUGGUAACCUUUCCUCCUUCGGGGACAAUGACGGCGUCAUCGUCUCUAAACUUCGCGAGCAUGAGCGUCGAUCCUGUCUCCUUCGACACGGCUUGGUACUCCAGGCUCUUGAGCUCCAGAUCAAAGACAUUCGCGUUGGAAACCAGCAGCUCCAAUCUCGCAACCGGCUUGUUAUCCUCGUCGAAAGUGAACACCACCUUGUGGAUCGCGAUCGCCGGCGCCUCGGGCACGACCAGCACGCCCGUCUUGCGAGCAUCGAUCUUGUAGAGGCCGUAGAAAGUCUCCUUGAACCAGAAGGAGAUGUCCAUCUGGACUGGAAGAACGGACGAAGGGAGCCCACCGGGGAAGCUGUCACGUAUGAUCUUGAGCGGGAUCGAAAGCUUCAUCUUGAUUCUAGCCGACGACUUCCCUGGGAUGCUCGUGUUGUGGACGACUUUGGUCUCCAGGAUCUUCGUGCCAUCACUCGUGACGGAGAAAUCGGCGUGGAGGAGCUUGAGCGGCAGAAAGUUGGAGUUUUUCACUUGGAAGUCGAAAGCCACCACCACCUCCUUUGGAAAGUUGGUCCAUACGUGAAUCCCUUCGAUGCCUCCA